UACAAUGGGUUUCUCGCAUAUUUUACAACGCCUUAAAAAUUAAUUGUUGUUGAUAAGAAACCCAUAUGCAAGACUCGACAAAUUUUCAGAUUAGUAAGAAACAAUCAAAAUGAGAGUACAAAUUGCUGUACUAUUAGCAGUUUGUGCAAUAGUUUUCAAAGGUGGAGUUGAAAGUAAAAAAUCUCGGAAACAUUAUGGUUUGAGUUAUCAUUCCGCUUGCAAAGAUUACAUAAAGACAUUUACAUGCAUGUCUGCUUGUAAAAGUAUUGGUUACCAAAUAUUUAGGUUGGAUUUUCGUUGUAAAUGUAGCUGUCAUGAACUGAAAACUACAACUAUAUUGCCGUUCUUCAAGUGGCGUACAAAUGGUACCACCAAGGCGUGGAUAAAGACUUCGAGUCCGCAUUUGUACCAUAUUGUUGGUACUUUGUCUCCUGCUACAUACCCCAACUAUGAUGAUGUGACGAAUGCCACAGUCGUGGAGAACGUUACUAUACCAGCAUGUAGGCCAGUCGACACAGGGAAUGAUACAGCAGCAGGCAAUGACACAGCAGCAGCAGGGAAUGAUACAACACCAGGAGGAGGUGAGACUCCUGCAGAUGGGACUACACCAGCACCUGAUGCUGCACCAGGAGGAGAUACACAAGCACCCGAAGGAGAACCGGAACCAACUGCAGAACCCGAAACCUAAGCAAAUAAAAUUAUAAAAAAUAAUAAUGUUUUUUUUU